AUGCCGAGUCUAUCAAGUAUUUCAGCGGCUUUCCUGGUGGCGUGCCAGGUCGUCCUGGCCGACGUGCCGACGUGGCCGACGCCAAGUAUUGAUGAGCUCGAAGACAUCCGGUUUCUCAUGAACGGAUAUAACGCCAGGGGAUUUAGCGACUUCGUCUCGCCAUGCUCCUUUUCUUCCGGUAACAUCGGCAGAAUUACGGCGGCAGAGUGGAUUAGGGCGGCGUAUCACGACAUGUCUACGGCCGAUGUUGCUGCCGGCACAGGUGGCCUUGACGCUUCGAUCCAGUAUGAGACUGACCGAAGCGAGAACAUUGGCACUGCGAUGAACGACACGAUGACAGCCUUCUUGGGAUACUACACAGUCCGCUCCUCUAUCGCAGACUUGCUUGCUCUGGGUGUCUACACCAGCGUUGUCAGCUGUGGAGGGCCUAAGAUCCCAUUCCGUGUCGGGCGCAUUGAUGCCAAGGAGGCCGGUCCGUCUGGCGUUCCCGAGCCGACGGACAACAUCACAGUUCUUACGAACAAAUUCGCCAAGCAGGGCUUCAACACGUCUGAGAUGAUUGCCCUCGUCGCUUGCGGACACACAGUCGGCGGUGUUCACGGUGUCGACUUCCCAACCAUUGUGCCCGGCAGCGGCACAGCUGGCAACAACUACUCGCACUUUGACAAUACCACGCACUUUGACAACGACGUCGUUAUCGACUACAUGUCCGAUAACACGAGCAACCCACUUGUUGUCGGACCUGAUGUUGGAAAGAACUCCGACUUGGCCGUCUUCAACGCCGAUGGAAACAAGACCAUGAACCGACUGACCGAUGCUACCACCUUCCAGGACACCUGCCUCACGAUGUUGGAGAGAAUGAUCAACACCGUUCCUAGCACGGUGAAGCUCACAGACCCGUUGACGCCGUACCCCAUCAAGCCAGCCAACCUGGUGCUCAAGCUCUCGGACAACGGCGCCAACCUGACAUUCUCUGGGCAAAUCCGUGUCUUGGUGACAAACCGAGAUUCAACAAAAAUUGAAUCUCUUUCCCUGCAUUAUCUCGCCAGAGAUGGGGUGACCCCGGGCGUGAUUAACGCUACCGCGGCAUUGUACCAAAGCGGCUUCGCGGGAGCCUUUGGUGAUUCCUUCCAGUUUUACGAAUUCGAGACGGUUCUAGACGCCAGCAGUUCUGUCUCCUCCUUUAAUGUUUCCAUCGCCCUCAAAGAUGGCACCGUGGAGGAACACAACAACAACGGCGGCGGCUUUCCUGUGCAAAGCAGCAUUCUCCUCCAGUCGUCGAGGACUUGCUACAUAGCCAACUCGACCGGGUCGUACUUCAAGCUUGUUGCUGCCGUGCACGACUCGCGCAAAGCCCUACCUGCUACAGUUGUGACUUAUGUGCAAAACCCGCGCAUCGGCACUAAGAUCCCUUCACUUGAUGCGGUCAACACCUCGCUGGCUUUUGUCAACUCUACUGGAGCGUAUGACUUCUUUAGCGCCACAGUCUCUCUCGGCGUCGAUCAGGUAUACCUUGCAUAUUGUGACUUGGUCAGUGGCGAGGGAGAUGCCGCAGAGUCUGAUCUCUUCCACAACAUGGGGAACAUCAAGGCAUGUUGA